CCGAACAUCAUCACCAUCCUCUACAACACACAAUAACAACACUCGUUACAACAGCUCUCCUCGGCUCUAACCUCACCCACACACAAUGUGAACCCCACAUCCAUCCAUCCCGAACAUAUCACCACGACCAAACCCCACCUCCCGCCGCAACUCCCCCGGAAACAAUGCCCAUCUGCAUAUCCUGCCGCACCCCCGUCCGCACCCUCUACACCACCUACUCCAAAGCCGACGACCGAGCCCUCGGAAAGGGCGUCCGCCUAACACAAUGCCCGCAUUGCAAGAAAUUCGCCGACAAAUACGUUGAGCACGACUUUGUCGUUUUGUUCAUUGAUCUCGUGCUGAUCAAGGCGGAGGUGUACCGGCAUUUGCUGUUUAAUCGGUUGGAGAGGGGGGAUGAUAGGUUUGAUCGUUCCAUCCUCCGCCUCGGCAUCCUCCUCCUCCUCUUCGACGUCUACCUUACAUGGGCGCGCAUCGAGAAGAUCCCCCUUCCAGCCGAUUCGCUGCUGCUAUCCCCUUUUACAGCACCGCCGAAUGCUUCGGCGCUGGGGUCCCCGCAUGGCGGCGUGACGAAUGCAAUGGUGCUCCAGGCGUAUCCGCUGGGACUGCAGUAUCUGUUUUUUCUGGGCCUGGUCACGCUGUCGACGCUGGCGUUUCACUUGCCGAUUCGCCUACUGUGCGCAUAUAAUCCUGCUGGUUUGCCUGGUGUGCUGAGGAGGCUGUGGCAGAGGUGUAUUGCGUAUUUUCCGAACCCGACGCCGCUGUCAACAGCGCUGCUGGUAUCGUCUUGUACGAAGCUUUUUCCUAUACUGCUUAUUGUGUGGGAAUAUGAUUUGCCUAGUUCGGCGACGGCGGUGAGUUGGGCGGUUAUUGUGAAUAAUAUUGCGGCGCUGGAGAUUUUGAUGGAUUGUGGGUAUUUUAGAGCGGGGAUACUGGUGGGUGUUGGGGCAGGUAUGAGAAUGCUUGUGGGAUGGUCAAUACUGCGGGCGGCUGGGCUGGGGACAGGAUGGGAAGGGUAUUUGAGUGAAUGGACGGUAGCUAGCACGCUGUGGGGGUGGGCAAGCAAUGCGAUUAGUUCGUCUUGACAAAAAGGUCACAAGCUGGAAACGCAUGUGUCGGUGGAUUUUCAAGCAAUGGUAUGAUACCCCGUUUGAUACUCGUACACGCCUAAAAGCAAAGAAGAAGGUGUUCCGUAAUGCGCCAAACCAAAUGUGCAAACGCGCGCGAGAUUCCACAUGUUCAGCAUCAACCGUGUAGGUCGAGCUCCUUUCGGUACAAUUCCUCGGCAUAAAGCUCGUUCUUGUAUAACGCAGCCUCUCAGCAUAUGUUGAUACUCCUUAUUGCCCGCUCCAGCUUAUCUUGAGCCACGGUAUUCCCCCAUACGUAUGAUUGCACACAUAUUACCCUUUAGCGUCCCCCGUUUAACUCCGGUCGCAGGUCGUUUCGUACGGGCGAAAUGAGUGGAUGAAGCUGUGCAAGGAAAGUAAUAGCCCACAUGAUGUACAUGGCAGCCGCAGAAAGUACAAGAGUAGAUCGCCAAACC